AUGGUCGCGGCUCUCAAGCUCAAGCUCCUCCACGUCCCCCUAGUGCCAAUCUUGAGCGUCACCUCCCCAUCGACACCGAGUCGGCCUCGCUCUCACAAGGGUCCAGUGGAUCUGGAGAAGCUCAUCCCACCUGUUCCGGCCACGAAGAGGGCGAAGGGCAAGAAGUCGACAAUGUCUAGCCCAUUGAAGCCUCGUGCAGCAGUUAACGGCAAGGCCAACGUCAAGGCCAAAACCAAAACCAAGACUCCCACCAGUAAGGGCAAGUCCCUAACCAAAACCCCAGGCAAGAGGAAGCCUCCCAAGAACCCAGUGAUCACGCAUUGGCCGGCACCGACACUUCCUCAUCUCGACUUCAAGAACCCCAUGAAGGGUCAAACGCACUACAUCUUCUACUUUUCCCGCCGGCUUGAUAUCGACACCGCCGCGAGCGUGUCCCACGAGAUCAGUUCUGCACUGCUGCUCAAGCGAGUGACGCCACACAACAUCGAGUGUCGAACUGGUCACAAGGACCUCGAUGGUCGUACCGUCCCCGGCAUGUGGACAGAGGUAUGGAUCACUGCCGACGCUGGGUGGGAGAACUUUUUCGAGGGGGAAGUACGGGAGGUCAUUUUCCAGUUCUGUGAUGUUGUCAACGUUGGAUGUCAGAGGCGAGAGCACCACAACACUGACGAGGUUUUGAACGAGCUUGAGAGGCAAAGGGGCUUGGGUAGGAACAUCUAG